UUUCCCAUCAUGUCGUUUGUUUUUUACGCCUUCGCAUUUGGUUUCCACAUUUAUCUUCUCCUCGACACGGUACUUACCGCACCUACCGUGACUUACGAUCAACGACAGACCGGCGAACACAAUGUCCGAAUCGACUUGAAGGAUCUCAAGAUACUCGCUUUCGUUGAUUCCAAGAUACUCGAAGAUUACACGGAUUAUGAUUACUUUUACGAUUACGCUGACUUUACCAUAAAACCGAUUUCAAAGCCCACGACGUCGUCCUCGGUUGAACCUUCGAGUACUUCGGCCAUUAAUGCAUCCACAUCUUCUUCUUCGACCAUCAAAACGGAUCCCGCAGAAAUUGCAGCUACGAACGAUUCAAUAACAACGACUUUAAGGAUCGAACAAUCGACGGAAGAUGCAACGAUAUCGACGAUAGAAGAUAAAACGGAAACUUCGUCUAAUAAAGGCGUCUGGCUUGAAUUGAAAUCACAAGGCCGCCAUUAACGAAGAGAAGCUAUUCGAAAGAUAUCUUGAAAAUACAUUCGAAUAAUCUUUCUAAAUUCGUAUAAUAACUCUGGAUAAUAACGAUAUUAUUUUAUUUAAUGUUAAACACGAAAGUGUAUUCGUCUACUGUGUGUGUGUGUAAUGUGCGUAUGCGUGUAACCAUAUAUUGCAAAUUUAUUGAUAAAUGAUUAAAUGUAAAAUUAUCAUUAAUUCAGAUUCAUAGGAGAUUGUGCAUUGAUGAUGUCUUUUAUAGUAUAGUUGAAAUCAUUGUCAAAGCAGGUUUAUUAAUUGUAAGAUGCGAAUAUGUUCUAUACCGAAUUUGUUCUUCGAUUUUAUUACAUGCUUUUUUGAAGCUUGAAGUUUUUUAUAUUCAUUCUAUAUAUUGUGCUGCACCAUUUGAAAUCUCUAUUAUUCGUUGAUAAGACAUAGUACAUUAUACGUCUUAAAUAUGUAUUUCAUAAAUAUUAAUGCGUAAUCAUAUCUUGCAUUAGUUAACAUUUCUAGAGUUAUAUAAUAUAGUCUUUUACAAUAUAUUUUUCUUUGUUCUCCAUCGUGUCCCAAUUGUAUUGUCAAUCUAUAAAGUCAACGAUUUUAAUUUGCAAUUAACCAUUUGACGAAUAAAUAACUUUAUCUUAAA